CUGAGUAGAUGGUAUGUCGCUGGGUUCUUGAAUGAAGAUAAUGACAUGUUGGCGGUAUUGUCUUGUCAGUCAACCACGCUGUCAAUGAGAAUGAGAGUAGGAGUGAGCAGGAAAGUCAGCGUUUCAGAGCGCCACGAGCAGCAGCCUCGGCAAAUGAUGAUCUCACGACAUGUCGGACCAUGCCGUGACCCUGCAUGCUACCCGUGCGCUAUCCUAUCUACAGCAUAGGGUAUGUGCCCCGCUAAAGAUUUCGCGAGCCCCUCCAUUGCGCAUCAUGGCGUCGUGCGACAAUCCUUCAGCCCGUCUAAGGAAGGACCCUAGCCUGCGCCCGACCAGACCUCCGUACAUCGACCUUGACAAUGCUACUUCCUUCGCUGAUCAACCUCCGCCGCCCAGCCAACACGCCCCUCGAGCCUGAAGACAUCUUUGGGUCCUCCCUCGGCGGCAUCUUCACCGAUGAUACACAGAACCAGCAUGGCGACGACCCGAGCACGGUCAUUCUGUACCGCAACGCCAAGUUCGGAGAAUUGGAGAUCAGGGUCGCGGAUGUGAACGGCGAAGAACAAAGAAGAAAGUUUGCGCACUACCUAUGGAAUGCCGGCGUCAUGAUGGCAGAACUGGUCAGCGGGCGAGUGGAGGGCGGCGAUCUAGGUGCCAGUGGGAAGGGUCUACACGAAGAUGAAGAGGGCUGGAGAGAUGGCGAAUGGUGGACGAGUAAAGAAGAAGAGAAGAAGUGGAGCGUGGAGGACGAGACGGUGUUGGAGCUGGGCGCAGGCGUAGGAUUGGGCGGGAUUCUUGGUACAUUGGCAGGCGCGAAAGAGGUUGCUAUCACCGACUAUCCUGCCGCUCCUAUCCUCGAUACCCUCAGAACGAACGUCGCAAAAAACGUCCCAGCGCAUCUCAGGCCCAACGUGACCGUCGAAGGUCAUCAAUGGGGCUCCAUAAGCACACCCUUCGAGACCUCGCACGCGAAUCGCUACACGCGGAUUCUCGCUGCAGAUUGUCUCUGGAUGCCAUGGGAGCACGAGAGCCUCGCCAAAUCGAUGCUGCACUUCCUAUCCGACGACCCAUCCGCACGCAUAUAUUGUAUCGCAGGUUUCCACACGGGACGCGCCAAAGUCGCACCUUUCUUUGAGGAAGUGAUACCGGAGCAAGGGCUCGAGAUCGAGGAGAUAUACGAGAUGGACGUCAACGGGCAGCGGCGGUCAUGGGCGAAAGAGCGCGAUGGCGGUACGGAGAACAUGGGCGAGCGGAAGAAGUGGCUUGUUCUCGCGCGCAUACGGCGGGCUGUCCGGUAGCAGUAGUCGUAGUAGUCCUUCC